CCACCACGUCGCAAAUUCCACACAUCGGAGUCCUGUGUCUUGCUACCAUCGAUACUAUACCUGCGGCGAUACCUAGUCAUGGCUGCUUCAUUCGAGCCCUCCCUCUCGACGAGUGGCAUGCGCCCUCCCCUCGCCUCGGCAGAUGCCCCCUCCAUGGCCGACUCGCUGCCCAGCAUCAAUUUUGGAUUCGAAGAUCUGCGCAAUCGCAUGGCGCAGUUUACCGCCAAGUUUGACGCUUUUAUUGAACGAGGUCGCAAGCGGGUUCUUGAAGAGCGAAACCAAUUUCACAUCAAUCUCGCCGAGCUGCAAGAGGACGAGCGAAUGCGCCAGCGAGACAUUGAAAUCACCAAUCUGAAGGUACAGACCCACGAACAAAUCCUUCAAAAGGAGGCCGCCGAGGCGGCUGAAAUGCACGCCGCGAUCUCCUCCAUCACUCUGGAGCGCGAUGCGCGACUCGCCAAGCGCGACCGCCUUAAGCAACAGAUCGCAGAAACGCAAAAGGCGAUCAACCAGAAGUUGGAGGCACAAAAGACCCACGCAAAGCAGCUGGAUGCACAAUCCCGACUCAAUUUCCCCGAGUUGGACUUUUGGCAGGAUUACCUUUGUUUACGGAUCGAGGGUGCUGGCCGUGAGGACCGUUUGAAGUUCGUGUACAGUCACCUACUGGAGAAAGACUGGGAGGCAGAAGCCUGGUUUGAAUUGGGCACUGCCAGUCGUGACUACGAGGUGUUCCACACGAAGCCCAGGGUAGAUAGGGACGCUUUGGAGCACGAGGUGGAUCUGGUUAAUGAUGACCGAGAUUUUGGGGCAUUCCUCAAACGGAUGCGCAAGUUGUUCAUGGAGACGAUGAACUAAAUGCAGUCCUAUCUGGUUGUAAAUAUAUUUUGUUAUGACAUUCAUGAGGGUAAAUUAAUGCACAGGAAUCAUCGUGUUCAUUGAGGUCAUCAAAAAGUACGUAGACCCAGUACAGGCACCGAGGCGAUACCGUCAAGUCCAUGCUCAACCGCCAGUAGCCUCCCGGUAGAAGGCAACACUCCGAUUCGCACCUCCGGUGGCAAAGCUUUCUGACCGAGCAGUCUUCGGAAGCCAUUUGACACUCCAGACUGCCUUUUCAGUCUCGGACUGUGUAGCAACGCACAUCUUGGUGUCAAUUGACCAGACCUUGAC